UCCAUUUUGCAGUUCAGAAUUUGAAUCUUACAUCGAUUGUAUUAUUUCUUUUAAUUUUAAAUCUGUCUCUAAGAGAGACCUAGAAACAGCUACAGCUCAGUUUACAUCAUCCUCAAUUUCAACGAGGAACUUGCCUUUGUUUCAGGGGCUUCAACUAUCAACAAUGAAAGUUGGUCCUUCAGCGGAGCAUUUGGGAGUAGGGAGUGGUCUCUCUCAGAGGGCACUUAGGGGUCUAGUUGCUUCCAAGGGAAGAAAGAAGAUUUCUGAAGGAGAGGAUGUGAGUGUGGUAUUGGAGACAGAGAUCCUUGACUUGGCAGAGAAACUAGAGAAGUUACAAAGGAGCUUAGGACUAAAAGAUUUUGAAGUUAGGAACUGUAGUAAUUUAGAUAAACAAGCGUCUCUUCUUCAGAGACGGCUAGAGAUGUUUGGAGUAACAUCAGAUGAGAUAUGUGUGAAGGAGAUACAGGAGAUGGCAGAAGCAAGCUUGUCAAUUAAAACAAGUUGUAGAGUUGAUGAUAGCUUUGUUUCAAGUGGCAAAUCCAAUAUUAAUUUUAUGGCCAUUGAAUUAAAAAAAAGCUUUAAAUGAAGCACUGAAGAAGGAAGAUGAGAGGCUCAAGAUUGCAAUCGGAGAAGUAAUGACACGUGCUAUGUGUACAUUGUGCUGUAAUGGAGAGGAGAGAAUUCCUUAUCAAAUAUAAUGGAUAAGGUAAUUAAAUGAAUAUACAUGUGGCUGUUAUGUG